AUGGGCUGUGGACAUGGCAGGCAGGCUUCACACAAACUUGGGGCUGGCCUGGGCCUUGGGCAGCUACUUGGUGGGAUACCUGUUUCUGAAGGGAAGCCUCCGUUUAUCCUAUUUACGAAACUUCCAGGAGACCAGCUGGGCCUGUUUGUGGAAUUUUAUAAGUGUUCAGUGACCCCGGUGUAUAAUGUCCCCAGUGUAUCAACUCAGGAUCCCGAACUAGUCAUAAAGCAAAUGGUAGCAGAUGGGAACUUCUGGAAUGGGUUUAGGUGUGAGGAAGACAAAGGUCUAGUGGCAAGGUCAGCUCUGGAGGCAUCCCACCCCGCCCGCGAGGCACCCUCAGGCUACAGCCUUCGGCGAGCCUCCUCCCUUCGCCCCGCCCCUCGGCACGGGGGAGGGGCGCUGUGCUGCCGGCGCUCUCUGAUUGGCGACCGCAUCACGGUUCCACGCCGCGAUUGUGCCGUGGGCGGCCAUCGGCACCUGCGUGUGCAAAGUGGAAAACUGGCGUUGGGAGUUGCUGGAAGUCAAAGGCGGGCGGCGGCUGGGUGCAAAGUAGAGAGCAGUCUUUGGUUUAAGCCUUUCUGUCGCCCUCCGGCACCGCCAGUACCACGGAAUCCACCCUGCCGCGGCCCCUCGGCGAUGCGGUGCAGCUGCCACUCGACCAGGUGGUUUCAGCUCCUGGAUCUCUCCACCAUCGCUCUCUUCCUGAGCCGCCUGCCUCUGAGUUUCUUCAUCACCAAGAAGAGGAUUCACUGUCAGGUUUGGCUUUUGGGAAAAAGACGGACCACGCAGGAAGUGGGGAGAAAGACACAGGCUCUGGUGUGGGCGAUGAAGAGGGCAGAGCUGAGUGGGAGCCAGCGGGUCUGGCUUUGUUCUUGUCUCUGUGAGUUUCCCAUUGUGCAGACCUGCCCCGCUCCUUCCCCAUCGCAUUGGAUGGUGGCUCAACCCUCCAGUGUUCAGAUCCCAGGCCCUGGGUCAGAUUAAUGCCUUUUUCUCCUGCACCCCAUCAGUCAGCAGAUUUGCUUGGAGUCAUCUUGAAAAUGCAUCCAGCAGCAAGGCCCUGGCUCACUCCUUACUUCUGCCCCAGCCUUUCUCUACUUCCAGCCACAGGAGACCUGUGUGAGCUGAAUCCAUUGUA